AUGCUGGCUUCAAAGCCUUCUCCCGACCGAUCGAGUGUGGUGUUACCCGCGGCCCUUUCUCUCCCUGCCUCCAUCAUCACCACUGCAUUUCAACGCACGAGUCACCGCACGGCGACCACACUCCCGAGCCCAAAACGGCGUUCCUCGUCCACAACAACGCUGACUCAUCGCCGGCUCAGUGACUCCCGUGAGUGGGUGCCGCGACCAACAGCCUCUGUCUCUCGCCCACCAUGUCGCUUUCCUCGCCCCCGCCGGCCCGCCACCACCAUUACCUUCUCCUCCUCGAAUACUCCCCCCGCCCUUGCCGAUGUUUGGCCCCGGAUGCACCGCCAGUACCUUCUUCAGCUUCUGUCACAACUGUGCAGUCCCAGCACUUCCCCACCCACCACAGUCUACGUUUCCAUCGGCCUACAAGACGAGGGAGCCUUCGCGUUCACGCAGUAUGACAGCGUCGAGCAGGCACUUGCGGGCGUCGAUUUCGGAGGCGGUGAGGCGCGGCAGAGUCGGGUGACGCCUGAUAGGGUAUGGGCCGCUGCUCAGUUUCUUGCUGGCCAACCCAUGCCCUGCAUCCGCCACCUUGUUCUUGUUGCUGCAUCUCCGUUGCCCGCCAAAUCCACCCCAGUUGACCCGUGGCACGCCGUCGAGAGCUUACUAGUCAAGGAGCACGUGUAUUUGCAGCUUGCGCUUACCGCCAACCUCCAAGAAGGGCCGCUCGUCCGGCUAUUCGAGCGCACGCUUCGAGCACAGCGCCACACGGAGGAGCCGCUCUGGCUCAAGACCUACGCCACGGAUAUAUUUUGCCGUCUGUCGGUCCUGAAGCGGCCGGAGGCACAGGGCUGUGAAGUCCUGCGACCGUCAAAUGAAGAUCCCGCACGGCACGCCUUGCUACCCGUUCCACCCGACCUCGCUCCGCUGCUGCACCCCAACGCCAACGACCCGAUGCCGCCGCUCGUAAGCCGGAUACAACAGAAGCACGGGAUCAACCGCAAAAAGCACGGGUACUCGGAGGGCCCGGCGAAGAUGCUGUUUCUGGUGGAUGAUGGCACGAGCGAGAUGGCUGAGUAUCGACCAGAAGUCGGAGGGGAGCCAAGAAAAAGGCGCCGGAAGGCAGCGACAAAGCCGAAAGCUCCACCAAAGCCCAAGGGGCCACCGAAAACCCCCCGGGGCCGGAAGAAGGCACAAUCUGCUGCGCCGCAGACUCCGUUUCCCGACCCGUGGGCGUCGCCGUCCGUUGAUGCUGUGCCACCUGGGCAGGAUGCGCUUGCCGCCAUGCAGGCGCUCCCCGAUGACCCGUACUUCGUUCUUGUAGAGGGAAGCGGGAGCGGGAGUAGUAGCAGCGCGUAUUCGCCGCACGUGCCCGUGACGCCAGAUGCUGCCCCAAACGGUCCUCUUGAAGAGCCCGGGCCGGGCCCGGCGGUGGUAUCUGACAGUCAGCCCAUGUUUGACUAUGAACUUGAAGGCAGCCUGCACUACCACUACGGUGGUCACCCAGCACAUGGUGUUUACUAUGACGUCGAUGGGUAUGCGCGGGACUUGGAGUUGACGUAUGCCUACGCCUAUGCAAGCGGGCACGCUGGGUGGCCAACGUCAGAGCUGUACAAUGAGCAGUUGCCGCUUUUGGCGCAGAACCCGUUGGAUGGUGAAGAGCUUGAACACGCAGACGCAAGCCUGGCACCCAACACACUGGAUGAGAUGGUCCCGCGGACUUUCGUGCGCGAGCCUGAGUACGAGCUCGAUGUUAAUACUGGGCUGCCUGCGGGAGGGCACCAAGCUCGGAUGUCGUCGUCGUUGGCCGGCUGGGCGGGGUGA